AUGAAAGGUUUGAGACAGGAAGAUCUGGUUGAUGGAAUACCUCCAAAACCAGAACCGCCAGCCUUGUGUGCUCGCUGCGAGUCUUCAAAUACCAAAUUUUGCUACUACAACAAUUACAGCGUCUCGCAACCUCGAUACUUUUGUAGGGAUUGUAAAAGGUAUUGGACAAGAGGAGGAAUUCUUAGGAACGUUCGGGUUGGGGGGAAGCCAGUUCAGAAACCGAAACCACAACGACGAGCUAGGACACUUGACAGUUCUCAUCCUGCCAAUGCACUCUACUAUCAACUAUUCCAGAAUCGACAACUUCGUGAUCAUCAUUUAGCAUUAUAUCAAGAACAACAACGACAACAACAAAUGCUUCAACAACAGCAACGGAGAUCAACAACACUACAUCCUAUCUUGAAUUUAGGAACAAAUUAUACCCCAAGUUACGUGGAUACAAUCAGUGUUGUGUCGACCAACAUUCCAAAUUCACACCCCAUUCCUUUUAUCCCCUCCUCGCAUUCGCCAGCUCCUUCUAAAUACCCAGGUCGCGAUCAGGUAUUGACUUCAGUGGCAACAAUGCAUUUGAAUAAUAACAGUGCAAUUAAUAACGUCACGGAUGCUGAUUGUAAUUACUUUGUGGGUAAUUUGGGUCCACUGCAGAACUUUCACAUCCCUUCUUUCACUCAACAUCAAGAACCUUCUGAACAAUAUCUGGUUGAUAAGUCACAACAAAAUUCGGUUGGUGGUGUGAAUCAACAACCUAAGCUUUCAUCUGCUACUGUGUCGAAUAGAGAGUGGCAUCAAAAAGUUUUCUCAUUGGAAAAAUUACAUAAUUGGAGCAGAAUCCAAAGAAAGGAUAACGUCAGAGGUUAA